AUGAUGAGGAUGCCAGUAGGUGCACUUUCAUCAGUCGCUCUAACGCCUACACGUCGAGCUCACGGUACCCCCUUCCUCCCCCGUCGGUCGCAACGGGCGGUUACUGGUUUUCACGUCAACAAGCCGGUAGCCAUCAAAGUCAUCGAUCCCCUGGCGCACCCCUACGCGGAACGGGUUCGAAAGCUGUUUGAGAGGGAAGUGAACCUGCACGGGGUUGUGACAGGCCUGCCAAACGUGAUUCAGUUGCUCGGGGCAAGCACACAAACAUCGACCGCGUGCUGCUACCUCGCCACGGAAUUCGCCACGAAGGGAGACCUGUUCAAUGAACUAAAGAGUCGGCGGGCGCUACCGGAAAACGUGGUUCGAGAAGUUAUCUUGCAACCUAUCAUCGCCGUAGCCGACCUCCACAGGAACAACAUCUGCCACCGGGACAUCAAACCGGAGAGCAUUCUCUUGAAACAUUCAGACGUCGAUCCCCGAGGAACCUUAAGCGAAUUAGUGAUGUUUUCAACCGUUGCCAUUUUUCCGGAUGCACGCAUCGUCUGCACCAUCGCGUAG